CCGCGCGCUGAUGGUUGUGUCUCGGUUUCCUUUAGAUCUUUUCGAAAAUUGUAUCGAAAACAUGCGUUAAAUUUUGCGGGGAAACGAUAUCACACGAUGAUAUUUGAUUUCUUUCAAGAGGAUAUAUUUUUAUAAUGCUUGCUAUAUAUACUCCUCACAACCCAAUCGAUUUUGGGCCGUGACGCGGGAUUUUUUGUUUAUGUUCUUUUGAAACCAGUGUGCGAAAAGAAACCCUUUUUUUUUCGAAUAAAAACCGCGAAGUGAAGUGCCUUUUGAACCAAUAUACACGCAAUAUUGAUAUGAUUCAAUGAGAUCUUUAUCGAUGAGAUUUUUCCCACAAUUCUUAUACUUUUGUGAACGAGAAACAAAAACAAAAUAAACCCAAAAUUUGCAUACAAAUCUUGAGAUUGGCGGAGCUCUACAAAAGGUUCCGGCCGCAGCUGAGGAAAACCAACAGAAACGACCAAGAAACCGAACAUAAGAACGCGCACCGAGUGAAGACAUCAACGCCAGAUCGCUCAAUAUCGAACCGAACCGAAACGCUAAUCCGAACCAGACGCGAUGCACUGCAGCCAAAAGCGCAACGAAAACACGACGACCAAUCUUUGCUAAGGUCUAACUAACCACAAAAAUAUAAAUAUAUACAUAUUAUAUAAACAAAAAGCAUAAAAUCGAAAUCGAAAACUAAGGCAAAGGCCAAGAAGCUGUGAAUAGAAUUUUAGGAGGAUUGAAAAUAAACCGACACAAGAAUGGCCAUGUUGGAGGCGCGGCCAUAUAGGCCAUUCAAAUCCAGUGAGGAGUACCUGGAGGCCAUGAGGGAGGAUUUGGCCGAGUGGCUAAGCACACUCUAUCCAGAGCUGAGCAUCAAUGCCGAUAACUUCAUGGAUCGUUUGGACACGGGAGUGGCAUUGUGCAAGCACGCAAAUUAUGUGAGACAAGCGGCUGAGGAUUAUCUGGCACGGCGGCAGGCCCGCAACAAAUCGAUGACCCGCUCGAUGACGUCGGGUCUGGCGGGUCCCAUUCUGGCCAUGGGCAAUGUCCACUACCUUCCGGCCGCCAAAAGUGGCACCUUCUUCGCCCGCGACAAUGUCUCCAACUUUAUAACCUGGUGCAGAAAGAGCCUAAAGAUCAUCGAGUGCCUGCUGUUCGAAACGGAUGAUCUGAUCAUGCGCAAAAACGAGAAGCACGUGAUCCUGUGCCUCCUGGAGGUGGCACGUCGGGGAGCCAAGUUUGGAAUGUUGGCUCCCAUGCUGGUGCAAAUGGAGCGACAAAUCGAUCGGGAAAUCGCCGCGGACAUCAAGGCCAACGGAGCUGGCUGCUCGGAAAACGGCACCCAAACGGAGGCACUGGAGUCCGGAAAUAGUAGUGCCGCCACAAUGACGACAAUAACGACGACCACAGUGGAGACGGAUCUGUAUGAUGACAGUGACGAUUCGGAGACCGAGGAUGAUGGCGACCAGAAUCCCGUGCUGAUGUACGGACCACAGCCACAGAUAAUCACCAAUGAUCUGAAGAGCCUCGACGAAAUGGUCAGAGAUCUUGUGGAGAAGUGCACAUGCCCCUCACAAUUUCCCAUGGUCAGAGUGUCGGAGGGCAAGUAUCGUAUUGGCGACACCAAAGUUCUCAUCUUUGUGCGGAUCCUUCGUUCCCACGUGAUGGUGCGCGUCGGUGGCGGAUGGGACACACUGUCCCACUAUCUGGACAAGCACGAUCCGUGCCGCUGCCGUGCCCAACAUCGCAGCUCCGUGGCCGCUCGCCUCAUUCCCCGUCAGUCGCCGAAUCACAACCCGAGCAACGGCAUCGAGCUCCACAAGGCGCAGGUGAUAUUCGAGAGGUCACCGCCAGCAGCCCGGCGUGUUUUCAACAGUCCCAAUUGCAAUGGAGGACCCGGAACAGUAUCGGGCCCAGGAUCAUCGUGUGGAACGGGAGUUGUAGGCGUGGCUUCGCCUCCAGCUCUACAGAACGGUCACAGUCUGUCGCCAAAUUCGGGAAAAUACCGCAGUCGCAGUCCAACACCACAGCGCAAGUUCCUCAACCAGCAGGCUAACGGAGGAGGCAGUGCAUCCGCGACGGGAUCCAGUCAGACAGUCACCACAGACACAUCCAGCAGCCAGCUGCUCGGAUCGCCCAGCUUGGCCAGGCGCUCCAUGUCACCAAGUCCUCGCCGACUAAUCGAUAUGCGCAAGAAACAGAGCUCCUUGGAUUCCUACAGCAGUGGUCCGAAAUCGCUGCCCGGCUACAGUUGCUCCCUGGAGGAGGCAAACGGUGGAUCUGGUGUCGGAUCGGCGGCAGGAGGUGUGGGCUCAGGAUCCGCAGGAUCGGGAGUCGCGGGCGAACAGGGUGGCGCCAACAAAUUCGAGAACAUCAGCGAUAAUGGCAGUGAGAUCAGUGACGAAGGAUACCGCAGUCUGGGAGUCAUCCAAUCGGGAGCCCAAAAACGAGAGUCCCUGCACAGUCAGGCUUCCAUUGAGGACGCUGAAAGCAAUGCGCGUCUGGAUCAGACCUCAAGUGACUCGCAGAUCUCGCCCUCUGAUGAGCCGGCGGAGAAGGCAACCACGGACGUUCUAGAAGAGGAGGACCUAAAUGGCCAAGAUCGAGAGGAGGAACAAGAGGACUACUCGGUGUGCGAUGGCCCACAAUCGUUGCCAGCAAUUCUAAACGGAGCCCAUAAGCUAAGCGACAAAUUUGAGCAAUCCGGUGUUUUUAUUACCGACGACGAAAUCACCGUGGACAUUGCCAAAACCGAGGAUCAGUCGGUGGCCACUACAAUGGGCAAUCCAACACCCAAUCUCAGCAAGAUUCCACGCUCUCCGUUGGCGCAGCGUCGUCGCCGAAGCAUCGAUAAUAGUACUUGUGGCGGUGCCGGUGGAAGUCUGCAGGAUUUGAGCAGCCGGUCUGGGCUACCGGCUCCAGCCUUUAGUCGAAAACAGCCGGUCUAUCGAUCCGUUCGAACCCGCAACUCGACCGGAGCUACUACCACGCCGGUGGCACCGCCCCGAUCCCGUCAAGCCACCCAAUUGCCUAUGGUGCGCGAUGUCACGAAUACGUGGAGCGGCCGAACCACGGGAGCACCCAAGCGAAGACCUCCCUGCAACGCCGAUACCUUUGUGGCACCCACAAAUGGAACAGCACCAGCUGGAUCCUUCGAGCGCAAUGGCAAAGGGCGCUCAUCGCAAAUUCUCUACGACAGCAAUGGACGCCGGGUGAGGAGCGGAGCACCGGGAUGCACCAGUUCGCUAACCACGUCGCCCGUUAAGAACCACGCCUCCUCGCCACUGGCCCAACAACUCCUGGAGGCGGCCAGCAGUGCCAAGAACGAUGCUCAGAUUCUGGAGAAGAUGAAGUCACUACUCUCACGCUAUGCGGCUGGUAAUCAAACAAAGGCAGGAGGUGGAGCAACGGCAACAGCAGCGAAUAAGAUCAACAGCAAUGGGAAAAAGACACCGGUCUACGAGGACUUCACUACGGCCUGGGUGCACAGCAAUGGCAAUCUGGAGCGUUCGGAGAGCUGUUCUCCGCCAGCCAAGGCGCGUUCCAAGCGCAGUUCCGCCGCCAGUUCCUGCGAAAGCAACAAUUCAAAUGCUGGAGCUGGAUCCGGAGCAGCUGCUGGUUCGGCCAGCGUGGUAUCGCCCAGGCGAGAGAGGGGCAUGUCCAAGAUUCCGGCGCCAGUGCGCCACCAUACAGAGCUUUACUAGCAGCGCCGGCGGACGCCAAGCGUCCAGGUCCGUUUUCAAGCCAAGUCGAGGGUUUUCUGAAAAGCCUCCAACUGCGCAGAGGAGCAGGCGGAUCGAAGUGAAGCGAAGUGAAGUCAAAUGACGAGGGUAUUUGUGGGUAGUGAAUAGUUAAGAUAGGGUUAGAGCCAAGCUGGAAUUGUCUGCUGCUGCUACGGCGUGUGUGUGUGCGUAGAGAGCAGAGAAUAGUUGAAGAAUCAGAUGACAGAAUCCCGAAGAAUCAGAAGGUGGAAUGGGAAAGACGAAGAUCAGCCAUUGAACGAUUUAAACCAAAAAUGCAAAUGCGGAAUCUUUAGAUUAGCCAUACAAUGCUGACGAGCUUUAAGAACAAUGCUUCUAUAAGCUGGAGAACCAUAAUAGAAACCAUCACAAAAGACAAAGAAUCGGAAGUGACCCCACUCCAAAUGAAAUCCAGGGGAAAGCCAUAGCUAUAGGAUACCCAAAAACAGAAUCAGGAUCGUUAAAUGUCGAGUAAAGAAGUAAAGAAAGCAAAACUGAAACUGCCUCAAGGAGAGACAGGGCAGAAUCCCUAGCAGCCAGAUACGCCUAAGCAUAUCCCCCUUAUAAACACAACUGUAUUGAACCCUUGUAAUCGUCGUUAUAUAAGCUCUCAACUCUCUUUCCCUAUAACCACUCAAUAUACUACGUUAAAUACGCAAUUUCCAGUUUCCCACAACUUUAUAUGCAUUUCGAAGUAAGACAGUUAUUAUUUUUGCAACGUUAUAGAGUAAUAGCAUUUUCUUAACCAAAAAUAAGCAUUUGAUUUGUAUUUAUAUUUGAUCUAGGAUACCCCCCAAUAAGCUUCGAUCUGCGCUGAUCUAGGGUAAUGAAUCAACCAUAUAUACAAUCCAAAUUUGAGACUCGAGUAAAAAUUUUAAAUCAAUUUUUUGUCUAGGCCUAGAACAGGAAUUUUAAAUCUACACCAAAACCACACAAGCAUUGCAAUAUCGAAUAUAUCUAUUUAAAUGCAUAAAUAAAACACACUCACACACACACAUACGAUUGCAAACAUAUAGAGGACGCAUACCUAGUUUUCUAGAAAUUUUUAAAGUAAAGCCAACAAAAUUCUUCAGAUUCGAUUUGUAGCGAUGCAGAGAAUAUACGUUUAUUUUUGUACGCUUGAACAGAGGAACCGACAGAGGAUCGUGGGUUCUGGAAAGAUGAAUAGCUUUUAGACAACUCGACUUUUACAUUAUAGCUCUAUAUAUAUGUAUACUAUAUAUAUAUAUAUGUAUACAAGGAGAGGAGAAGAGAUCGGUUACGGAUAUAGCAAAUGAAUAUAGGAAAUGAAGCGACCGCCCCGUGCUCCUUGGUCUGGGAACUCCAAAAUCACGCUCUUCAAACCCACAAAACUGCACCACAAAAAAACAAAAAAAAAAAACACACACACAACUAAAAUUAUACAGUGCGUUUCGGGGGUGUAGUGAUGGUUAGUUCGAAUUUAAAUACACGACAAAUUAAAUCAAUUAUAAUGGCAGCGAUGUACAGCGAGUACAGCUCUAAAACGCACUGUAAUUCACCACGAGCAUUCAAUAUAUACAAAAAAACACAAAACAAGAAAAGCGGUCACAAAAAAAGAAAAAUAACUGAGAAACCGUAGCUUUUAGAGAGAACGGAAGGAAAUCGUUACAUUGCGAACGUACGAACCGUCGCAUCAGUUUCAGAAACCUUAAAUAACUACAACUAUUAAACAUUAAUUGUAUGAUUUCAAGCUCUUUUUUUUCUUUAGAUUUAGCAAUGUUAACAUAUAGUUUAGUACAUCGUACCUAUGCAUAUAAAUAUAUAUAGAUUGUAAAUUGUGUUUGUCCAAUUGCCCACAUGUUGUAUAGUUCUUAUGUAUUCGUAAAAUCGGCCUUAAUGUUCAGUCUGUCGAUAACUUGUAUCAGUUUCAUUUUGAAUUCUUUUCUUAUCAUUAUAAAUUGUAUUUUGAAUUUAAGUUGCGUUUUUCAGCUUUUUAUUGUACACCAAAUGAUACCAAUUUAUGUAUAUGUAGUAAACUCGAAGCGGCGAGAAAGAUCGCAACCAAAAUAA